AUGGACGACCGACCGCUGCUGGCCUUGUCGCCCGUGGCGGGCGCCUCCGAGGCCUUCCCACUCCUGCCGACGGACUUGCGUCGGCUGCUCGCUCUCCCUGACCGCUCCGCUCCUCCUCCAACGUCUCCGUCUUCAUCCUCCUCAGUUUCGUCGCCCGGUACCGUCGCCAGCGCCGUCGCAGCGUCGGACUUCCAAGACGACGAAGAGCAGGACUUCCACACUCAGUUGGAACGUCUCGGAGGCGUCUUGGGACUCGCGCGGGUGCAGCGCGUGGACUUGGAGCAGGGUCUCAGUGCCGAUGACUCGGACGGAGACUUGGCUCGCCGCGCCGAGUGGUUCGGAGCCAACUACGUCGCUCCGUCACCCGCGCGCGGGCUGCUUCGGCUCAUGGCUGAGGCGGCGUUCAUGGACACUACGAACCUCAUUCUGGUCAUCGACGGCGUCGUGGCUGUCGCUCUUGGCAUGGCCGUCGGGGGUCACCCCAGUACCGGCUGGAUGGAGGGCACCUGCGUGCUGAUCGCCGUGCUCGCCAUCGCUCUGGUGACGGCGGUCGGGGACUUCCAGAAGGAGCGACAGUUCCGAGCGCUCAACGCUGUGAACGAGAACGAACUCGUGCGCGUUAGUUCGGACGACAGUAGUGACUCGAGAGUGCGCAAGUGGUCGCUGGUGGUGGGCGACAUCGUGCAGCUCGAGCCUGGGGACGUGGUGCCGGCCGACGGGCUUGCGUUCAACACGCGCGAGCUCAAAGUGGACGAGAGCACGCUCACGGGUGAGCCCGAGCUCAUGCGCAAGGGCGACGCUCUGUUGCUGCCAGGCUCCAAGGGCUCUGCUGAAGAGGAGACUUUGCCGGUCAAGCUUUACUCUGGUACGAGGGUAAUGGAGGGCUUCGCCAAGAUGCUGUGGGCGAGCACUCGCAGUACGAAGGCUCGUCGCGAACGCACUCCGCUGGCUCAGAAGAUCGAGGCGCUCAACCUGUGGCUGGGCAAGAUGGGCGUCAUUGUCGCCACUCUCAUCUUCGUCGUGCUCUGUCCGCGCUUCAGCAUCGAGACGUUCGUGCAGGAGCCUCGUCAGUCCUGGGAAGCAGCGUAUCUGCGCGAUUACUUGUCGUACUUCGUCCUGGGCACGACCAUCUUGGUGGUGGCCAUCCCGGAAGGUCUCCCGCUGGCUGUGGCCAUUGCGCUAGCUCUCGCUGUACGUCGCAUGCUCCGAGGACGCAGUCUAGUGCGCCAUCUCGCUGCCUGCGAGACCGUCUGCAACGCGACUACGCUGUGUGCGGACAAGACUGGAACGCUCGCGGCCAACCAGAUGAGCGUGGCGCGCUUGUGGCUUGCACCUGAGAUUGACUUCAACUCUGCCAAUGCAGCCAAGGCUGCAAUGAAUGGUACGAUGGUUCGAACGCUUUGUGAGGGUGUGGCGCUCAACUCGACCGCAGAACUUCUCCUACUUGAGGACGGCGAAGACGCGGACACUCCACGAAAGGCGUUGGGCAGUCAGACGGAAGGCGCACUGCUGUCUUUUGCUGCAGCUUGCAGCGAUGGAGACUUCGAUUACGUCGAAAUGCGCAAGAACGCCGACAUUCGACGCGUGCUGCCGUUCAGCAGCGACCGCAAGCGCAUGUCCGUGGUCGUACCGGUUCAAGGUGGAGAUGCUGAUCAAUGGAGAACAUACACGAAGGGAGCUCCUGAGCUUGUACUGGCGCGCUGCACUCACUUGCAGACGCGCUCGGAAGAACGUGCUGCUAAGCGCGGAUACCGCACGCUGUGUCUCGCCUACAGAGACAGCAAAGCCAGUGGGGACGUCGUGGAUUCCGCUUUGCCCGAGGUGCUGGAGCAGCAGCUCGUGUGUCUUGCGCUCGUAGCCAUUGCUGACCCGCUGCGUCCUGGAACGCGUGAAGCCGUGAUCUCCUGCCAGAAAGCGGGCAUUGUGGUUCGCAUGGUGACGGGCGACAAUGCUCUGACUGCGCGCUCGAUUGCGCGUGAGUGCGGCAUCUUGUCUGCUUCAGAGGAAGAUGACGGUGUCUACACCGUCAUGGAGGGGCCCGACUUCCGGGCGUUGGUGCUGGACUCGCGUGGAGAGAUUCGUCAGGAAAUCUUCGACCAGGCGUGGCCUUCACUGCGAGUAUUGGCUCGUAGUUCACCGCAGGACAAGCACACGCUCGUGACUGGCCUUCGAUCCUCGAAGCUUCUUCCCCAGCAACUUGUGGCCGUGACGGGAGAUGGCACAAACGAUGCGCCAGCACUUCGAGCGGCUCACGUGGGGUUCGCAAUGGGGAAGAGCGGCACUUCGGUGGCCAAGGAGGCGGCAGAUAUUGUGCUUAUGGACGACGACCUGGCCGGAGUGGUAAGCGCCGUGGUCUCUGGGCGUGGAGUGUUUGACGGCACCUCGCAGUUCUUGCAGUUCCAGCUCACGGUUAUCGCCGUGGCAUUGAGCGUGGCGUGGGUCGGUGCCGUCACUCUGCGUCAGUCCCCCAUUGCAGCGGUGCAGAUCCUCUGGGUGAACCUCUUCAUGGACGUGUUCGCGUCGCUGGUGCUCACAACCGACGAGCCCAAGGCCGCGGAGCUGCUCGCGCGUCAGCCGUACGCCCGCAGUAGAUCACUCGUAUCCCCACGUAUGGCCAAGCACAUUGCGGGUCAAACGCUGCUCCAGCUCACGCUGUUGCUGCUGCUCCAGCUCACGCUGUUGCUGCUGCUCACGUUCCUCGGCGACAAGUGGUUCAACGUGCCGUCGGGCUGCGCGUCCGUGAGCGACGACGACGACGCGAAGGCCACGCAGCACCUGACCAUCGUCUUCAACACGUUCGUGUGGCUGCAGCUCUUCAACCAGCUCAACUGCCGCCAGGGCGUGACCGACGCGCCGAUGCUCCGCGUUGUGGAGAUCUGGAACAACAAACUGAGUCUCGCUGCGCUCUGCAUCCAGUGUGGACUGCAAGUCGCCAUCGUACAGCUCGGAGGUCAGCUCUUCCAUUGCGCGGCACUAACUGCUGCGCAGUGGGGCGCCUGUAUCGGAAUGGGAGCGUUGGCAUUGCCAAUUGGCUGGGCACUACGCGCGUCAAGCAUCGAAGAACGCGCCACCAAACCCCUGUUUCGGCUGAGCAAGCAGCAUGAAGAACUCUAA